CUCGGCCCUUUCCGCCUCGCUCCCUCCCGCUCUCGGGUCGUUCGCCGCGCACAGAUCGAGCCGCGCCGCCGCCUCCCCCCUCCCCCCGCCGCCGCCCAGCAGCGCCGCCGCCGCCAUGAUCAUCUACCGGGACUGCAUCAGCCAGGAUGAGAUGUUCUCCGAUAUCUACAGCAUCCGGGAGGUCGCCGACGGGCUCUGCUUGGAAGUGGAGGGGAAGAUGGUCACCAGGACAGAGGGUCAGAUUGCUGAUGCUUUAAUUGGUGGCAAUGCCUCCUCUGAAGCUAUUGAAGAAGGAACAGAUCCCACAGUUAUCACUGGUGUCGAUAUAGUAAUGAAUCACCAUCUUCAGGAAACUAGCUUCACAAAAGAGUCCUACAAGAAGUAUAUCAAGGACUACAUGAAAGCAAUCAAAGCCAGACUUGAGGAACACAAGCCAGACAGAGUAAAGCCUUUCAUGACAGGGGCUGCAGAACAAGUCAAACACAUCCUUGCGAACUUCAAAAAUUAUCAGUUCUUUGUAGGCGAGAACAUGAAUCCAGAUGGCAUGGUGGCUCUCCUGGACUUCCGUGAGGAUGGAGUAACUCCAUAUAUGAUUUUCUUUAAGGAUGGUUUAGAAACUGAGAAGUGUUAACAAAACCGAGCAACUAUUUUGGAUCACCUGUCAUCAUAACUUGCUGCUGCUCUUUCCUCAUCAACACAACACCAGGACUCAGCAGUGUCGACCAACUGGACUGAUACCAUCUUGAGCUUUAUUCACUUAUUUUUGACCCUGAUUUGGAGUGGAGGCAUUGUUUUAAAAAAAAAAAAAAAAAAAAAAACUUGUCAUGUAGGUUGUCUAAAAUAAAACUCAUUAAACCCAUUCUAGGUAAUGCCUGUUGGUCUAAUGUGUUUCUUAAGCUGAACUACUACAGUAAGCUUGCUGCAAGUCUUGUGCCCAAGGACCUUUAUACUUGUUGGUAAUAUAGCCUGAUCCUAGUACACUGCAACUUAAGACUGUCUUCAGAUAGACUUCAUGCAAGUCACUACUUGAGACACUGGAAUGCGAGCGCAGGCUCCUAACUUCUGCCUGCCUAGCAGUCUGAGGUGAAUAAGGGAAAUGUCCAAAGAAGUGCCAUCAUAAUGAAGUGGACCCUCUGCAUCUCUCACACUUCUACAAACUGAAGUAAUUAACUCUCUGGAAGAGAUACCAAAAAACCAAUAAAACAAAACUGAAUUUAAAGCUA